AUAAUAUUUUACUUUACUGCAUAGGUGUUUGAAAACGAUGGUAAUCAGGUACUGUUUUCUGAGUCAAAUGAAGUCGAUAUUGGUUUGAGCACAGAAUUACUUCCUGAAGACCUUAAUUUACAAGCAAUGGAACUUGAUGUUAUUCUGAAAGAUCAUUGCUAUACAAGCUUUCCAGAAGAUUUACUUAGAAAUAUUCAAAAUAAGUUUUCGCAAAGUGAAAGCUCUUCUGACAAGACAGAUUCUUCUGUUAAGAAAAGUACACAGGUUAAGCCAACUUCACCUUCUUUGAGACGAUCUCAGAGACAGUUAGACAAAAUUCAGAGAGAACAAGUUGAAAAAAUUAAAGCAGAAAAUGCUGAGUUACAGCGACGGGAAAAAGAAGAAAUGGAAAGACGAAAAUCCCAAAAUGGAAAUGUUCAACAAAAAGAAAAUCAAUCUUCCAAUGGAGAUAGUAAUUCCAACAUUAAUGAAGAAGUACAAGAAAAAAUUAAUGAUGUAGCACCUGAGAAAAUGUCAGCUGAAAUUAUAAUUGUUUCAGGCAAAGAGAAAGCAAGUGCAAGAAAAUCAAUACAACAGAAGAAAAGCCAUCCACUUCAUAGUGAUGAUGAUGACAUUAAAGAAACUGAUAAAAGUAAAGCAGAAGAAUCUGAUUCAACAAAAAUAAAUGCAGAAAUGAGUGAAAAAAUGGUUUCAAAUGAAGAUGAACUAAGCAAUAUUGAAACAAAUAUUAAAAAUUUACAAGGAAAGAAAACUGUUAGGCUAAAGAAAAAGAAACGGACUUCAUCUGAAUCAAGUUCUAAAUCAGAUAUAAAAGAGGAGAAGAAAUCUACCGAAAAGAGUAAGAGAAAACUCUGUAAAUCACACUCAAUUGAAAGAAGUCGUAAGCAUUCAUCUGAUAGUGAAAAUAAAGUAAAAGAAAUUAAAAUUAAUGAAGGGGAACAAACAGAUUUAUCUGAAGACAAAAACAAAAUAAAAGAUGAUAAAUUGGCAAAAGGAAUGAAAAAACUAAAGAAGCUACAUAACAGAAGAGAAUCUAGUAAGUCAUUAGUUGAUGAACCUGCUCUUUUCAGUCAGCCUGAUGUGAUGGUGAAAAGGAAAACAUCUACAGAAGAAAGUUCUAUAAAAAAAGAAAAAGGUGUAGUUGAUAAUGCAGACGAUAAAUUAAAUUGUUUAGAAAAUGAACAAUCAUUAUCAAAAGUCAAAGAAGCUGUUAAAGAUGAAAGUGUUACAGAAGAAAUUGAAGAAAAAACAUCAGAACAAAUUGAUGAAGAAAUUGAACGUCAUUUAGCAUUAUUGGAAGGAUCACCUUUAUCUGAUGAAUUUUCUGACCUAAAUAAAAUAAUCAAAAUGACUUCUAAAGAAUUAAUCAAUGAAGAAUCAGAUAAGAAAGACACAAAUCAUAUUGAUUUGAAAUUAAGUAAUAUCACUAAUGAAAGCAAUCAAAAGAAAGAAGUAGAAUCAAAACCAGUUUUGCAAAUAAAAGAAAUCAGUAAAGCAAAACAGCCCAAAGAUUCAAAUAGUGAAGUAAAAGAACCAGAUAAAACUAAGCAAAUUAAAGAAUCAAACAGUGAAGUAAAAGAGAUAAUUAAAAGUAAACAAAAUAAACAAUCAAAUAAUGAAAUAAAAGAAGCAGUUAAAAUCAAACAGAUUAAAGAUUCAGAUAGCAAUGUGACAAAUGUAAAAAAUGAAGUAGCGAAAGAUAAUUUAAGUAAUCGAAAACAGAAGAAAAAUAUUGAUUUUCAUCUAGAAGCUAAAGAGAAGAAACAUUUUACGAGAUAUAGUAUUGGAAAAAUUAAAAGCAAUAAAUAUAUCAAGUUACUGACAGGAAAAGGUGAUGCUGAUGCAGAAAAUCACACAUCUGAUGAUGAUCCAGAACGACUGUGGUGCAUUUGUCGACAACCAUAUGAUGAAAGGUUUAUGAUACAGUGUGAUCAUUGUGAAGAUUGGUUUCAUGGUAAUUGUGUGGGUGUGACGCAACAGCAAGGACGGCAGCUUGAAAAAUCAAAAAAAGAAUGGUGGUGCCCUAGAUGCAUUGAAGGAAAGAAUGAAGAGUCAAAACAGGCAAAUAUCACUGAAGAAAAAGUAGCACCACCAAAAGUUACUUCUGUAAAGAGUGUGAAGAUAUCAAAUAAGAUUGAGUCAAAGGUGACAUCUAUAGUACCACAGAAUAUCUCUAUAGUGUCUGCAAAGUCAAACAGUUCAGUCAAAAAAGUAGUGAAAGAUCAUUCAGUUGAAGGAAAUAAAGCUGUUUCAUCUGAUAAUAUAGUUGUAAAACAUCAGAAAGUAAUUCAUUCCAUUUCAAGAAGAGAUGAUGAACAAAAGCCAGAACCCGUUCGUUUAAACGUUAGAAAUACUUUGAAAGGAAUUUUAUUAAACAGAUGCAACAAUGCAAAUGACAUAGAUAUUUCAGAAGAUGAAAUUAAAAAGAUUACUAAUCACAUAGAAGAAGAAUUGUAUAGAUCAUUUAAAGAUACAGGUAUCAAAUAUAAAGCUAAAUAUAGAAGCCUCAUGUUUAACAUAAAAGAUCCACGGAAUCAGGGCCUAUUUCGAAAGAUUGUGAAGGGAAUUAUUACUGCACAUCAGCUAGUCAAAAUGACUCCGGAAGAACUGGCAUCCAAUGAGUUAGCAAAAUGGAGAGAACGGGAAAGUAAACACAUGUUAGAAAUGAUUAAAAGAGAACAGAUUGAACAGGCUACAAUGACUCCUAUAAUAAAGAAGACACAUAAAGGUGAAGUUGAAGUUGACGAAGAUGUUAAGAUUCCUGAUCAGAAACAGUUAAAACAAAUGGCAGAAGAAAUUAAUGAACCUUUACCAGACACUACUGAUAAACAUCGCUCUCAUUUAUUUGAUCUUAACUGCAAGAUCUGUACAGGGAAAAUGGCUCCACCAAUUGAAGAAAUGCCGUUAAAAAAGGUUCGCAUAGCACAUGCAAUAUCUAAAGAAUUUGCUUCAGGUGAAGAAGGAACAAGUCCAGAUAAUGAGGCAGCUGUUUCCAAGAAAACUGCCAGCAAGGUUGAAGAAUCUAACACAGAUGAUUCUGUUGAUCAAGAAGUCAGUUCAACAUUAAGAUCACCAGACUCAACUGUUGCAUCUUACUUUAUUUCAACAUCUACACAAAACAAUAAGACUUAUCCUUCUGUAUGGAGAGGUUUUAUCGCUAUGCAGGAUGUUUCAAAAUUUGUAACUACAGCAUAUAAAGUAUCUGGUACAACAGAUUAUUUAGAACAGUAUAUUCCAGAUAGUAUUCAAGUUUGUGGUAGAAUUGUUCCUGAUCAAGUGUGGGAUUAUCUUACUAAAAUUAAACAAUCUGUAAAUAAGGAAAUCAUCAUAAUACGUUUUCAACCAGCAAAUGACGAGGAAAGAAUAGCUUAUGGAAAAUUUUAUUCCUAUUUGAAUAGUAGAAAACGUUAUGGUGUUGUUGGUAAUUGCUCUCGCAUGAUCAAAGAUUUCUAUAUAAUUCCUCUAGCAUCCCACACACCUGUACCAACUGUACUAAUGCCAUUUAAAGGACCUGGUUUAGAUUCAUCAAGACCACAUUUGUUGUUAGGUGUAAUUGUUUGUCACACUACCAAACCUCGUGUUCAAUCACAUACAGUGAAAGCUUCAAAAGGUCCUGAAAGAUCAUAUACCCCUCCUCUGGAAACUAUGCCAUACAACACAGAAGAGAGUGUAUCAUCAAAACACACACCAGUUUCUGAUGAAUAUGAACCUUCUUACACUCCUCCUCUUGAAAAGUUGCCAAAAUUUGAAUGUGAUGAUAGUACUAGUCAAAACAAAACCUGGAAAGAUGAGGAUGCAGACAAGCCAUAUGAUCCAGAAGAUGAUGACAAUUUUGUUACCAGCAUUUCAGCAGCUAAGCCAAAAGAACCAUCUUCGACAUCCAAUGAAUCAUUAGCUUUACAGACAAGACUGUUAAUAGAAUUAACUAAAAAGGUUGAACAGCAAAAACAGGAAAUACAAAAGAGUUUGAAAAUGACAAAUAAAACUUUAAUGGGAACUAGCCAAGUAUUAGCCAAAGAUGAAUCCUCAAUACCUUCUAAAAAAUGCAAGUUAGACAGUGAUUCAGAGAGAGCUGACUCCAGUAUGGAAAUUGAAUCAGAACCAGUGUUUCAAAUUCCAGGAUUGGGCGAUGACUGGCAACUACCUGUAGAUACAAAUACUUAUGAUACUAACAAUGCAACAUCCAGUGAAAACUCUAGUAAUUUAGAUCUUCCACAGAAAUUACAUGAUAUUUUAUGCAGAGUAAAGGAAAAUAUGCAGAAGUCAUCCGAAACAUCAUUCCUGAAUUCCAUUAACAAUAGACCUGAAAAUGAUUACUUAAAAGUGAAGCCGCCGACAAAUGAGCCAUCAUCGUCAUUCUCAAAAAUUAUCCAACCAGAUGCGAAUAAAGUCUCUCCACAAGAGAUGCUCAACACAAAACAGGAAGAUCCUAGGUUGAAAACAAAAUCCAGUGAUACAAGCUCAUCUAGCACAAAGAGUAGUGGUAGAGGUUCUCUAAGUCGAAUGUCUGCUUCAGAGCUGCUGGAAAAAGCUCAGAAACAGUUGGAAGAGAUGGAAAAAGCACAGAAUAUGCCUUCAGUGCAAUCCUCUUAUUGGACAACUACUGUCACAACACCAGUUGUUCAAGAAGAUCCGAACAGGACCACGGCUGCUACAUUUCCCACCGCUCUUCCAACGUAUUCCAGUCAUAAUUACGCCCAGCAGCAACCUCUGACGGCCUACGCACCUCCAGAGCAUCGUUCGGAACAUUACACAUCUCCACCUCAUCAUUCCGAACCAUACUCGCCUCAUUCCGACCACUAUGACGGCCACCACCAUCAUCAUCAUCACCAUCACAAAAGCCGCAGGUACUAUUCACGCGAGUAUCACAACGAAUGGAACCGUUUCGGUCCCGAAAGUUCGGAAAGAUUCCACCGUAACAGAAGAAAACACUGGGUACCACCUUCUCACGGGCACCACCGACGCAAGAGCUGGUAUCGCAAACACGAGUGGACGGGGCACUAGGUGCGGCUGCUGGAGUGAAAUAAAAGAUUGUUUAUAUAUUUCAGUGUGCAAGGAAAAAAAAAAUUUAGACUGCUUUGCAGUUAGGUGUACAUUUUACCCUAGUUCAGUCAGCUUGGAAUUUUUGUUCCGCAGUGUAUUCUUAUAUUUACAUUGUAUCAAAAGUGUCAUUUUAAUCAUCAUCACCAUCUCUGUUGCAUAUAUAUAUAUCGUCGAAUCCCAUUUUAAAACAGCACGUCAAUAAAUUUUAAUACUCCGAAGAGGAACAUUUACAUAACGACUUCGCUUUAUCCUUUCAAUGUAAUAUAAACAUCACUCUCUUAACGCUUAUUCAAAGACUUUGGUGUCGAAAAUAAAUAAAGCGACAUGAAUUUACUUUAUCAGGCUGUGUCAUUACAAAUGUGCAUUUUGUAAUUUGAUAGAUAUUUUGUAAUUUGUUCUCAGUGUAUCUUGUAGAAAAUUGUAUCGUUGAAUUUCCACAAAAGUUAAGAUAAUGUAUAGAGAAACAAACAAUAUGGUUGAAAUGCAGAUUUAAAAGUGACUGUUAAUGUCUGUUAAA